ACCCAAAACUCUCCUAGACAAAAAUCCACUACAGAGAAACAGAAAAAAGUGCAGGGACUUGGCUAAAACAGUGCAAAACCCAGGCCGCCGCCACCAUCUCUACCGCCGCUGCCGCCGCCACCACACCAGCCAUGCGGAGCCUAAUUUCGAGAGGCAAACUGUGGAAAAAUUUCUCGACCCAUUUGGGUUCUUCUUCUACUACUACUGCUAUUGGGAGGUCUACAAUUAAGGAUCAUCGGCGAGGGUACAGUUUGAUUCCGAUGGUGAUAGAGCAUUCCUCAAGAGGGGAAAGAGCUUAUGAUAUUUUCUCACGCCUAUUGAAGGAGCGAAUCGUUUGCAUAAACGGACCCAUUUCCGACGACACCGCCCACGUCGUGGUUGCGCAGCUCCUCUUCCUUGAAUCCGAAAACCCUUCUAAACCCAUCCAUAUGUACCUCAACUCUCCCGGUGGCGCCGUCACUGCCGGUCUUGCAAUCUAUGAUACAAUGCAGUACAUCCGCUCUCCCAUCAACACUAUAUGUAUGGGUCAAGCUGCUUCAAUGGGUUCUCUUCUUUUGGCUGCUGGUGCAAAGGGUGAAAGGAAAUCACUCCCUAAUGCUACCAUUAUGGUCCAUCAGCCUUCUGGUGGCUAUAGUGGACAGGCUAAAGAUAUGACCAUUCACACAAAGCAGAUAGUUCGAGUUUGGGAUUCUCUGAAUGCUUUAUAUGCAAAGCAUACUGGGCAACCUUUAGAAACAAUUAAAACACUUAUGGACAGGGACCAUUUUAUGACCCCAGAAGAGGCAAAGGAAUUUGGAAUAAUUGAUGAGGUUAUAGAUCAGAGACCAGUGGCCUUGGUGACUGAUGCUGUUGGGACAGAGAAAUAAUAUUACUUUGAGAUAAUACAGAAAUUCCUUGUCUUCAUGUUUCUACUUAUCAAAUUUCAUCGUUUGCCUGAGACUGAAGUUUCACCUAUGCACAUGAAAAACAAUUUGAUGUAUUUAUUUUGGAGUGGUUUUGGAGGAUGGGCGGUAGCGCUAUCUUGGUGAUGAUUUGGGUGUUUUUGAGUAAUUAUUUUUUGAAUCUGAAGUCUGGAUAUCCAGUUUACCUGAUGAAAGCAGUUGAGUGAUGUGUAAUUUUGCUGAA